CUUCCUGUGUAGCUGGAGGAGGAUCUCCCAUACAGUCAUACACAGUCUGAUCAUCACAACUUUCACACACACCGACGCUGUGUAAACUUCACUCCUUCUACGUUCUGGACGGAAGAUCUUUCCUGCUGGCAAGAUGCAUUACUAUCGGUAUAGCACUGCGGAGGUCAGCUGCUGUUACAAGUACCUGCUGUUUAGCUACAACAUCAUAUUUUGGUUAUCCGGAAUGGUUCUGCUAGGAAUUGGCCUGUGGGCUUGGAGUGAGAAAGGGAUACUGUCAGACAUAACGAAGGUGACACGACUCCAUGGAUUUGACCCAGUAUGGCUGGUGUUGGUGGUUGGGGUCAUUAUGUUUACACUGGGCUUUGCUGGAUGUGUAGGAGCUCUCCGGGAAAACAUUUGCCUCCUGAAAUUUUUCUGUGGUGCCAUUGUGCUCAUCUUUUUCAUGGAGUUGGCUGUAGCAGUAUUGGCCUUCCUUUUCCAAGACUGGGUGAGAGACCGAGCCAAAGAAUUUUUUGAAAACAACAUCAAAGCUUAUCGUGAUGACAUAGAUCUACAGAACCUCAUAGAUUCCCUGCAGAAAGCAAACCAUUGUUGUGGUGCUCAGGGCCCAGACGACUGGAAUUUGAAUGAAUAUUUUAACUGCACUGGUGAAAAUCUGAGUAGAGAGAAGUGUGGGGUGCCCUUCUACAAUACUUUAUUAACUUUCUUUUCUCUGCCUAUUUUACAGCAAUCGGUGAUAAAUACACAGUGUGGAUAUGAUGUCCGAGUUAGAUUGGAGUCCAAAAGAGGCACUGUAACAUACACAAGGGGAUGUAUGGCUGCCCUGGAGGCCUGGCUACCAAGGAACAUCUAUAUUGUGGCUGGAGCAUUCUUGGUGAUUUCUAUUCUCCAGAUAUUUGGCAUUUAUCUUGCCCGAACAUUGAUGUCUGAUAUUGAUGCUGUGAAGGCUGGAUACAGAUUUUAAGGACGUGUCCAGAAGACUGGAAAUCUUCAGAGCAUCCCUCUUUGUCUCCUACACUUAUAGGACUAUGACUAUUAUCCACUGGAGAUUCUGAGCCAACGGCCCCUUAGUAUCCUGUGAUGUAUAAACUGGAGCUAGGAUACUUGGCCUCUGAGACUUUCCCUGUAGAGAACAACUGUGGUGCUUAGAAGGAUUAUCUUUACCCUCUUUCAUCACUGCAGUGUUCCAAGUCAUCCUUCUUUACAGAGGAAAAUUGGUUCAACAAAUAUACUUGUAUUCAUCAGUAACCCUUAUGUGUGAGGAGACAUUCAUUAUGGACUGAACUCUCUUGGGUCUUGACUGUCAUUACUGUUGCUGGACAAAACCACUGAUAUAUUUGGGGAAAUCUCCAAAAUGUACAUGACCUUGUAAACAUUUCUUGUGAUUGUCACUGUAACAGUGACAUGUCUCCAUGUUAGAGGACCACAAUAUGGUUUCAAAGAGUUUUUUUCUUUUUUGCCUCCAACAUGAAUAGUGUCAUUUAGAGAUGAGUAAACCAAUUUGCAAAUGUAUUUUUAUCCUUAAAUUGCAAGUCUUUUUAAUUCACCUAAGGUCUCAUUCACACAUCCAAUUAGGUCUGGACAGCAGAUUCCUCCCACGCGAAUCAGCAGAUUCUUGCGGUUGGA